AGACUAAGUCGAACCAUAAGAUAGAAGAAAAUUAUUUCAAUAAUACAAGAGGUAAGGAGAAAAACAUAAGACAAGUGAAAUUUGACAGGUAGCUGUUGUCUGCCGCAUCGUAUUUUGAAAUCUCUGCUCCCUCCCUUUGCUUCAUCCCACCCCCCAAUCCCUACAACCCAUGCCAACCUUCCCACCAAAUAAAUCCCCCGUUAUUCACUCUCUAUAUUUCAACUCUUCACAUAAUUCCAAGCAUUCUGCCUCGUAAAACAUUCCCUUAACCUUCUCUAUAUAGAAGAAGAGACACUAAACUCCAACUUCCAUUAUUUCUUCUCUUUCUUGUAGCAAAAAUUGUUAGCAAGCUUAAAUGGCGGUAUCAUCUAGAUCCGUUAGAGUAACGGAUCUGCAAAUGCAACAAAAAUGGAAAGAGAGAGAAAUCAGUCCGGAGCGUACUAAAGUUUGGACUCAAAAUCCAAAUCAGAAGCUAAAAUCUGAACGUAAAGUGCCUGUUGUUUAUUAUCUUACUAGAAAUGGACAACUUGAACACCCUCAUUUCAUGGAAGUCCAUCUUUCUUCCCCUGAUGGCCUUUAUCUAAGAGAUGUGAUCAAUCGCUUGAAUUUUCUCCGAGGAAAAGGCAUGGCUUCUCUCUACUCCUGGUCUGCUAAAAGGAGCUACAGAAACGGAUUUGUGUGGCACGAUUUGGCGGGGCACGAUUUUAUAUAUCCAGCACACGGCGAAGAGUACGUUCUCAAAGGAUCAGAACUUGUUGAUGGUGCAACAACAACGCUAACAUCUCAAUCUGAAGAAGAACAAGUAGAAUUUUCCAGCUCAAAAACUCAUGUGCCGCUGGAAGUUAGAAAACUCACCGAAGAUCGUGAAAUUCCGGCAGUUUCACGGCGGCGCAACCAAUCGUGGUGUUCCGCCGACUUCAACGAGUACAGAGUCUACAAAGCAGAUUCUGUUAACGAAUCCUCCGGCAAAGCUGCCGCCGCCGAUGCUUCAACUCAGACCGACGACCGCCGUCGCCGGCGGAGGGAAAUCGGAACUGUCAUGGAAGAACAAGAAGAAAUAGAACGGACUCAAAGUCAUUCAACGGAACUGAGCAGAGGCGAGAUUUCGCCUCCGCCGUCUGAUUCAAGUCCGGAAACACUUGAAACGUUGAUGAAGGCGGACGGUAGGGUAAUCGUACGGUCAGAAACAGUCAACGAAGAUCGUACAGUUGAUAAUAAUCAAUCAAGUGGUAAAACCAGAGGAUCUUCCGUGUUGAUGCAAUUUUUAUCGUGUGGGUCAAUGUCGUUCAAGGAUUGUGGGCCCGGUGGUUAUGGAAAAGAUCAUGGGCUAUCGUUGAUUUCACAUUACAAAUCAAGGGUACCACGUGGGGGAGAAAUGAAUGAUAAUCAGGUAGAGAAGGGUGCAGAGAAUAGUAAGGUGGAGUAUCAUGGAAUCAUUAAGGUAGAAGAUAAAGAGUACUUUAGUGGAAGCUUAAUAGAGACAAAGAAGGACGAAUAUCCAGCUCUGAAGAGAUCUUCUUCAUUUAAUGCAGAUCGGAGCGCGAAGUUGGAAAUAAGGGAGAAAGAGAUAGAAGGGGUGAAAGCAAAAUGCAUUCCAAGAAGGCCAAAGAAUCAAUCCACCAGAAAGGAAUUAGGAAGCAGCACUGACUUGUCUUGCGGUAGCAGUGCCAGUAUUUCUAGUAGUAGCAGUAGCCAACAUGGUAGCAAAAGGCUAGGGGUUCCACCCCAAAUCUAGAGCUAAAUCAAGCAAUAGUAGCUUAGAGGGUCAGAAGCAUUCACCAAAGCAAUAUCUAGUUCUGAUCUCCAUGGUUGCUAGGUUGUAAAUAAACUGAAAUUAGCUAUAAAUCUUAUCGCUAAUCUGUUGUCAAAUUGCUCGUAGUUAAUAUAAUUUCUUGAUAAUCUAU